AUGGGAAGAGACCUCAGCUUGUUAAAUAGGCUUAUAUUUUCUCUAAUUUAUUUUAUAGUAAAUAUAAAUCUUUAUAAAGGCGAGCCAUGUACUUUUAGGAAUACUCCUUUUCCUAAAGAGUAUAAUUUCAUCUCAACAUCAAUAGUUAAUUAAUAAACAAAGGCAUAUCGCUACUUGAAUUCAACAUAAAAUCCAUCAGGAAAGCCAUUUUUGUAUAUUUUAAGAAAUAGUGGAUAGCAAUCAAUAAUAGAUGUCACGAGCUCAUCUAUUUUGAAUUCAUAUUCUAUUUCAAACACUGAUGUUCUUACUACUUCUUGGGAUUUUGGAGUUUAGUAAACUAUAUUAUAUCAUAUCCUUGAUUAAAGUGGUAAUGUUUAUGAAGUUGAUGGUAGUUACGGAACGCAAGUCAAUUUAUUUACUACCCCAUUCACAAGCACAUAAAAAUCUCUUGUAGCUAGCAAUCCUUGCAUAUCUAUGAUGCAUUCAGUUUAUGUCACAUUUAGCGGAAACUAAUUAUACUUCGUUUAUUAUAGAUUACCCACUUCUUCUCCAUAGAGAGUAGUUACAAUUAGCUUAUCAACUUUUGGAUAGAAUCUAUCAAUACAAGGUUGUAUCAUUCAAAAUUCUGAUUUAGAUAAUGUUGUUAUCUUUGCAUCUAACCCAGCAACAAGUUUCUUAUUUUCUUUAGCCAAUCCUACCUUACCUAGCAACCCUGAGAACCUUUUAAAUGGUAUUACUGUUAACUUAUAGUUUUAUGGUGCUUAAGGAGCAUACAGAUAUUUUAGUUACACUCCAGACACUAAAACAUUCUUUAUAGUAAUAAAUUUAAAUGGUCAGCAAGUAUGCAGUUACUCAUAGACAGUAAAUUAUGUAGCAAUUAGAUUAGAUACAAAAAACAGUAGAUAUAUUUUCACUGAUACUACAUCAGUAGCAAAAAUUCUAAAACUAGCAGACAAUUCUGUAGUAGCGACUUUAACAUUCAAUGAAAUCUCCAUAGAUUUUUCAGAAAGUAAUUUAUACGUAUUAAAUACUUAACAAACUAAUUAUGUAAGCUCAUUGCAAAUAAGUUAAAUAAAUAUAUAUUAAGACUAAGUUAAUGAUUAUAUUAUCUUUAGAGGAAGCCAAACUUUCUUUGUUUAUAAAUAUAGUACACUUACUCCUAUUUUGUUUAAGGAUAUUUCUUUAGCUUCAAAUUUGAUUUUAGGUUUCUUUUUAUUUAACAACUAAAUUAUAGCUGUUGGAGAUAUUUAAGUAACUUUUCUCUCAAUUCAAAAUAGUAAAAUUACUUAAUUGAAUUACAAUGGAGUAAAUAUAAUUGUUGAUAACAAUUCUAUGGUAUAAUCUUAAAUAGAUUACACAAAUGAUAGAGUUAUUUUUGCAAAUUAUGCUAAUUAAGUUUUAAUUAAUUAAUUAAGUACUCUAACUUUUGAAAAAAUGGUGUUUACUUCAAGCAUACCUGGUGUUAGAUUUUAGACUAUUAUUCCUAAUAAUAAGUUACUUGUUUACUAUGUAUAACUCUCUACAAAUGCACAAAUUAAUGAUUCAAGAAAAUAUCAAGUGCAAGUAUAUGAUUAUAAGGCUACUUCUUUACUUUAUACUUUGACUAUUCCAAAUAGUUAGAUGAUCUAUUAGCUACUGUAUGACUAGGAUACUUUAGAUUGUUUUUUUAUAUUGCAGAAAGAAGCUGUAAGCAUAGUUCAUAGAAGAUUUUAAUAGAAUUCAUAAGAACCACCUUUGGGUACUUAUACUUUAGGUAGUUGGAGUUCAAUAUACGCAUUUUUAGUAACAGCCUUAAAGAAAUUAGUAGUUUCAACAAAUAAUAGUGUAUAUGUUUUUGAUUACAAUGAUCCUAUAAAUAAUUUUUAAGCAUCCCCAACUUUAACUUACACAGCUUCUAACGUCUUUAGCACAUAUGUAAUCCAGAAUAAUAUUGUGGUUGGGUAUUUUGCCUAAUCAAGUGCAAGUUUUGGUGUUUAUGAUGUAACUUAAAAAGUUAAUGGAGUUUUAAGUAUACCAAAUGUAAGCUAAGUUGAUAUAAUUUUCGCUGCAGAUUUCUCUGGUAAUAAUUAGAUAAUGAUUGGUUAUGUAGUUUUUGGUUAGUACAUAGCGAGUGUAGUUAACACUUAAUUGUAGACUAUUGUAAAAUCGCAAAAUUUAUCAACAAAAGAAUAAGGGUCUAACAUGAAUUAUGAUACUAAAUUGUAACAAGUUAUCUAUGUAGGAAGUCAAGGUACUGUCUUUGUGUUAAAUUAUCUUGAUCCUACUUAUGCUAUUUUAUAAAAACUUAAUUUUUACACUGGAACAGUUAGCUUUGUGUAAUUUGAUACAAAUAAUUCGAUAGUUAAUAUAUUUUAUGCAGAUACAACAUAUGUGAAAUUAAAUUACAAAACAGGGAUUUAAUUAAAAAUUUAAUCAACUUAGUAGACCGUUGUAGGUGCUUAAAUUACUUCAGAUGGAUAAACCAUUACCUUAGUUCUUUAUUACUGUCAUGUAAUCUAAUUAAAUUAUAUAGAACAAUAAGCAAUACUAAAAUAAAAAAUACCUCCUAGUUUAAGUGCUCCUAGCUCAAUAGAAGUAGAUGUUGAAAGAGGUUUAAUAUACUAAUACUAUGGUUUUUCUUUGUAUGUUUACAGCUAUUGGGAAUAAACUAAAUUGCUUAAGACUGUGCUUGUAAAUCCAUAAUUAAACAUGCCUUUUUUUAUUUAUGAAAUAAAAUAUAGCUAGAAAAUGAAUGCUAUUUUUAUACUUCUCUAUCAAGGUGUUACUUUUUAUCAUCUAAGCUAUACAGAUUUUUCAUUAGUCAGUACUUAUAAUAUUCCUUAUACUGAUACAAAUAUAUAAAGCUCUUAUAUUACGAUAGAUGAUAAUCUAAACAGAGUAUUUAUUUCUAGUUCUAAAGGCAGCUGGUGUUACUACACAUAUGAUCCUGUAUCAAAUAAACUUAUAAAUCCUAAGACCUACUAGCAAUCGCUUGCUUCGAAUAUAGGACUUAUUAAUGCAAUAUACCUUGACGUAAAAAAAAAUCUUAUCCUAAUUGCAAGCAAUUCUUUCUCUAGUUAAUUACUCUAUUAUGAUACUCUAAAAGUAGCUGUAUUUUCAAUCCCAGGGCAUUAAGGAUCAUUUGCGCAAGAUUUAAAUAUCUUUUUUAUGUUUUAAAUUAAUAACCCAGGAAAUGUAUGGCUCUAUAACAGCUAAACAUUUAAUCUUAUAUGGUAAUAACAAAUAAACUAAAGUGGUAUUGGAUAUAUGACAGUAUUUUAAGAACCUUAAUAUUAGUAGCCUUCCAUAAUAGUAACAGGCUUAGACAAAGUUGUUUACUAUUACCCAGGCUUAAGUGUACCUAAUUUGAAAACAUACCUCCAUGAUUAACCAAUAAAACCAACAUUUAAGCCUCUUUUUAAUGGAUAUUUAGAUUACUCAUCUAGGGUACUGAUAACAUGUGAUGCAAAAGGGGCUCUUUAGAUUUUUAGCAUUCCAGGCAUGAAUUUAAAAUAUCAAUAUAUUGCAGGUACAUCAUCUACUUAUUGCUAUUACCUUAAAUAUAUUUAAGACUUAAAUAGUAUAGUAUUUAUGCAAUCCAAUAAUUAAAUAUCUGUAUUGGAUAUGUAUAGUAUCUUAACUCCAGAAUACUAAAAUAACCUUCAAGGUUUUUAUGGUAUAAGCGAUAUGCUUGUUUAAAAUAACAAAGCAUAUACUACAGAUGCUUUAGGCUUAAUUCAGGUGUGGGAUUAAACGAUCAACCAGCAAACAUACAUUACUUACUAAAAAAGAGGAUACUUUGAAUACACUAAAGGGUAGCUUAAAUAAAUUCCUGGUACUAAUUUUGUUUUGGGAUUGUAUCCGAAGUAAAUUUUAAAGAUAGACUUAAAUGCUCUUAGUGUUGUAGGUACCGUAAAUGUAAAUAAUUGUACAUCUUUACAAUAUUUCAGUUCUGCUAAUCUUAUAAGUUGCACUUUUUUUAAUUUUGUUUAUCUUUAUGAUUCUACUCCUAAGUUGAUUUAAACAUAUACGAUAACUACUCCAACAGCAUCAGCUAUUACAAAUGUACAAAUUAAUACUAAAUUCAAACACUUGAUCUUUAGCCAGACUUCUGGAGAUUUGUAAGUAUAUACUUACGAUACAUAUUUAUCAGUAGGUAUUAUAAAUCCUCCUUCAGCACAUGCAUUAUUAGUUAAAGAAAUUAUUGAUUCUUAAAAUAAUUUGAUAAUUACAACCUAUUCAGAUGGUUCAAUUUUUAGUUUUGCUUAUUAAUAGGGUUCAAUAGGAUCUCCUUAAGCUAUAACCCUUUAGCCAUAAUCUUACACUGGUUAUUAAAUUACAAUUCUUCAAAUUGUCAAUAGCAAUUAUUUGUUAGUCAAAAGAGUGAAUGAAGGUUUUAUUUAAGUUCUUAAUUAUCCUAGUUUAUCACUAUUUAGGUAUCCAAAUACUAAUGAUAAUAUUUUAGACGCUAACCCUUAGCGUUUAGGAAUUCUCUAAAGUCCAUGCACAGGUCCUGACAUUCAAAUUUAAGAGAAUUAAUCUUCAUCAUAUUUCGCAAUUGUUUGUGCAGGGCAUUACAAUUUUUACAGUUCAGUAGAUUUUUCUAAAAUCGGAAGCAUUAGAUAGUUCUUCAAUAUAGCAAGCACAUUUACAAACUUUUAAACUUAAAAAGCUUCAUCAUUUAAAUAUAUAAAUGAAAAUUAUUUUAUUAAUUCCUACUAUUAAAAUCUAUUUAUCUUCUACAUAGAUGCCACAAAAAAAAUACUAAAUUAUCUAGGUUCAUACUAAAAUACUGACUCAGUGUACUAUAUUAGUAACUUUAGCAUAAUUAAUAAAUCUGAUAAUUCAGGAAUUUAUGGAAUUUAGCUAACCAUUUAUUCAUAUAUAGCUAUGGAAUAAAUUGUUAUUCCUUUGGUAAGUAUAGAUACUUGCUAAUUUUCUACUUCAGCUUAACUCUUUGCAGGAUCGCUAACAAAUUUGGAGACAACUUACAAACAGAUGAAGCUUUUUUCCGUAGUAAAUAAUUUUAGAUUGCUAAUAACAUUAUCAGAAGGAAUAAGUCUACCACUCUUCCCUUCUUUCAGUUUCAGUUCUCAGUCAUAAUUAGUAUUUACUCCAGUUGGUGUUGACAGCCCUCCAUCUACUACUAACUAGCAGAGUGUUCGCAUCAAAGUUUAUGGGUCUACAUAAUUCUUCUUAUCAGCAUCAAAAUAUAGCUAAUUAGUAAUGAAUAAUCUAAAUCUAAUCUUCAUAGUAAAUCCAUUACAAAGCCCUAUUUCAGUUUUGACAACGCCAUUAACUUCAGUUAAUUUAUCAUAUAUUGAUAUUCAAUCCAAUGUUCCUGGUUAGCAAAUAAUUUUCUAAUCUAUCUAAAGCGUUCAGCUCUCUCAGAUGACUAUAAGUUAUAGUCCUUAAACAACUAAUUCAAGAUUACUUCUUGAAAAUAGAUAAUUGCAAGUUACAAGUAGCACUUAUUCUCAAGCAAGUUACCUGUCUUUCUCAGAUAUAUAAUCUAUAUAUCUUUAAGGAAUUACGAUAAAGGGAUAAACUCUUACUGAUUUGAUUUUGUUUGAUAUCCGUAAUAAUGUUGAAGACUUUAUUCAAAAUCCAAAUCUAGCAACAUCCUCAGUUACAUUAGAUACAUUUACAAUCUAAGGAAAUACAAUAAUAUCAAAUAUACCUUAAAGUAUCCAGCUAAGCUAAGUUAAUAGUAUAAUUAACUUUUCUUUGAUUCCAACAGUAACAGUUAAAAACAUUUUAGUAACUGAUAAUAAAAGUAAUCAAAGUAGUAUGUAAGGUAUAAUAAAUUCGGAAGCAGUUAAAAAUUUCCAGACAACCAAUUGUUAAUUUAUUAACAAUAUUAAUUUGUUUUUGAUUUAAAGUAACACUACAUAUGCAGCGGUCUCAGCAUCUUCUAACUCUGCUUUUAACACCAAAAAAUACUAUCAACUUUAAGGCUCUUCUGUUUCUUUAAAUACAAUUACUAUGACUUCAAAUGUCUAUAACUGGUACGUAUAAUCAUUACUUUUAAUAAAUUCAGAAUCUUUAUAAGGUACAUCUGUUUAUGCGUAUACAAACUAAUUAGUGGAUGCUAGUAGUACAUCUUCUAAUAAUUUAAUAAAUUAAAUUUCGAUAUUAAAUUGCAUCUCAGUAGUUAAUAUAAAUUUAUCUGAUGUUAAAUUCAGCUCAAACACAAAUUUUUAGUAAGGUUUAUUAAAAAUUUAAAACAGUGCCCAAGUUAAAAUAGAUUAAUUAAAUUUUAGUCUUAACGCACUCUAAAGUGGUGCCUUAUAUUUAGUUGGAAUAUCAUCUUUGACCAUUUCAAAUUCAAACUUUUAAAAGAAUAAGUCUUAGACUUAAGGUAGUUCCAUAUUUUCUUCUUCUUCCACUAUCUAGCUUAAUACUGUAACAUUUACUUCUGAAUAAAGUUCUUCUAAUGGUGGGUCAAUAUAUAUAUAAGGAAGUACUCUAGGCUUAGAUACUUGCACCUUUACUGGUAUCACUUCGUAAGGAUAAGGAGGUGCGAUAUACUCAGAUACAUCUAUAUUAACUAUAAAAGGGUCUACCUUUACUUAAUGCUAAUCCAUAGGAUAAGGUGGCACAAUCUAUGCAACUAAAAGUUAAAUUAACUUAGAUAGCACAAGUAUAGUUUCAAGUUCAUCAUAAAAUUACGGAGGUGCUAUAAGUGCUGUUUCUAACUCAAUUUUUACAUGCAACAAAUGCACUUUUAAUUAAAAUAAGGCUUUAAAUGGAGGUGCUUUAUAUCUAAAAAAUUCUUUUUCAUCCUCUGAUAUUGAAAGCUCUACGUUUUCAUAAAAUACUGCUUAUGGAUCUGGAGGUGCUUUGAUGCUAGAUUCAUCUGAUAUUUAGGUUUAAGGAACAAAAUUUAUGCAAAAUUAAGCAGGUCAUGGUGGAGCUAUUAGAUAUAUAGGAUUGGUUCCUAGAUUUUUACUUUAAAUACACCCAUCUGAUUUAAGAGCUACGAAGGAUGUGAAUGGAUUUUGGAAUAUAAAAGGAAAUUACUACUAAAAUAAUGUGGGAUAUAUUAUCGGACCAGAUAUUAGUAAUGUUUUUACAAUUAUAUCUCCAACUGUUAAUACAACAAAUUUUAAUUUUGAGACAAUGGUUCCUGAUUCUCCUAAUGAAAAAAAUUAUCUUCCUGAUCAUUUAGUUUAUUAAUACAGGUUUUCUAACUUUAGGAGUGGAGAAUCAAAUUUUUAAUUUGGUAUUGUACUAUAUGAUACUCUCAGUUAGACAAUUAAUCCUUCAUAUUCUUCAAUUUUACCUUCAGGAUUCAAGCUCUCUUAAGAAGUAUUGGAUGAAAUCAAUAGCAUAAAUGUUAAGAUUCAAGAAAUUAAUUCUAUAGCUAAAAUCGAAGAAUAAACUAUUAGCAUCGAUGGUUCUACAAUUGUUGACUAUAGGUAAAGUAAAAACAAUUCAUUUUAUGGUGCAUAGCUAGACAGCAUUUCGAUAUCUGGUGUUCCAGGAAAGACAGGAAGUUUUUGUUUGGCUUUUAAUGGCUUAAGUAGGAUUAAUCCAACUAAUUAUUUCGUGUAAAGUGAAUGCAUCAAUUUCUUUGUUGAAUUCAGAAAAUGUGUUAGAGGUGAAGUGUAUUUACCACGUUGUGGAAAUUGUAUAAUCAAUUAGUGUGAUAUUUGUGCAAAUGGUACUUAUUCAUUAAUUGAUCCACAACCUAAUUCUGGGCUUCAAUGCAAACCUUGCUAAACACAAUAUUCCUCAAAUUGCUAUAGUGACUAAUUGACUGUUCUUCCAGGCUAUUGGAGGACAAAUGCAUUAUCCGAUGAAUUUUAUCAAUGUGACGCUAAAUACAAUUCUUGCAAUGGCAACUAGACAUCUAAUUAUUGUGCAGAGGGAUUUAUAGGAGCUCUUUGCUAGUCAUGUGAUUAAACUGGAUCAGUUUGGAAUACUAGAUAUGGAUUGACUAGUCUUUAUUCUACUCUCACUUGCUAAAAGUGUUCAUAAAUGGCAAGCUAAGUAUCCUCUUAAAUAGUUUUUUUAGCUUUUACUGGUCUCUACAUAUUUUUUUAGAUCUACAGCAAUAUACAAAGCUCAAUUAAUUACAUCAAAGGACAAGUUAUUAAAUAGCUUAACAUAUAUAUGGUCUAAAACUCUCUAGUUAAAUAUGAAUUAUCAGUACUUUCUAAAUUUCUUAUACACUACAUGACAGUCUAAGAAAUUAUUAGUUAGCUUACCAUAUCUAAUAAGAAUUUCAGCGAUUAAGUAUAUUCGGUUCCUAAAGAAUUGCUUAUUCCUGUUUAAAAUCUUUUCUAUGGAUUUGAUUGCUAUUUAAGCGACCCAUCUUCAGCAUUUAGCAGUUAUCCUAUUGAAUAUGCAAGGCUUCUUUUUACCUUUGUACAGUGCGCCUUCCUUUUAGCUCUGGUUAUAAUUUUUUAUGCUUCAUUUUUAUUAGUAAACAUCAUCAAGAAAGAAAGAAUAAAUUAUUUAAUAUCAUUGUAUCUUUUACCUUCACCAUUGAUUUCUUCAUGUCUCUUCUUAAUGUAUUUCUUCUAGCAAACUCUAACUUCAACUUCUCUGCAAGUAAUAACUUGUUAAACGGUAGGAAAUUAAUAUUAUAUGUAAAGCUAAAUGAGUAAAUAAUGCUACACUGAUGAAUACUUUAGAUGGUUCCCUCUUCUUAUUUUGACAUUUAUCUUUUCGACAUUUAUAUACCCACUUAUUAUUUUCCUCGUUCUCUAUAGAAACAGAGAAAAAAUUUAUAAUCUUUCUAGAUUAGUUAAAGUAUAAAACUCAGUCUAAAUUCAAAAAGAUUAAUCCCUUCGUGAUGGCUCAAAAAUGUGUUCUUAGGAUGUCCAGAAGGUUGAUUUUAACACUAGUGUCAGAUCAUAAAAUCCAAAUAAUAAUUCAAAUAACUAAAAUAAUCGAAUUAUUGAUAAGUAUCAAAGAUUUAAAACGUUCUAUUAUAAAACUUAUAGAAGAUAUGGAUUCCUUUACUUUGAAUUCAAACCAUAGUAUUGGUGGUGGGAAAUCAUGAAAAUGACCAUGCGUUAAGUUAUCAUUAUACUGACAUAACUUUCUCUAUUCUAAAUAUUAGAGAAGGUUUCUCUAAUCAUACUAAUUCUGUUUUUAUACUCGUUAUUGUAAUUAAGAAUACAACCCUACAGAAAUAAGAAAUUAAAUUAAAUAGAUCAUAUGCUAAAUGCUCUCUCCAUUAUAAUAAUUAUACUUGGUUUAUAUUCUUAAGGUAUUACUAAUGAUAUUCAUAAAUAAAUCUUAUCAAUAAUAAUUAUUGGUCUAAAGUUCUUCGUUCUUGGAUUUAUUAUCCUAAGACUUCUUGAGUCAUUUACAGCCCAGCAAAUUUUCAGUAUUAAAAACUCUAAAGCAAUUUGUUUGUUUAAGAUUUUAGGGGAGUUCUUUAGAGAAGAAAUUUUCUUUAGAAAAGAUGGAGUAAUGAGAAGAAAUUUCCCAUCCCUAUAUCUACUUAUGCAUAAACCAGAACUGAUUGGUAUUGAUAAACAUUACAGAUGGAAAUUAAUCUAAGUCCAUAUAAUGGAUUUCAUUAGAGAGAGAAGAGUAAACGGAAAUACAGUAGAUUUCUUGUAAGUAGCUUAAUCAAAGAACUCUAAGAUACUUGAAGAGAGUUAAGAUAUAAAAAGCAGAUAUAAAGUGCUUAAAUCUUAUUCAAGAUAUUAAGCUAAAGAUAGUAUUAACUAACCAACUACUAAUACACCUAAGACUUCUUAGUUCAGAAACUAAUAAGUUAAAAAUUACACAAAUUCACCUAUACAAUCUGGAAGAAGCAAUAAUUUUUUGAAAUAAAUAUAAUAGCAGCACUCAAUAGUAGAAUAGUUAGAUUUAUAAGACUAAACAAACAUAAAUACUCCAGGAGCUACAAGCAAGUUUUAAACAAGCAGAUAUAACUAAUAUGAUCAGGAUGGUUCUAAAAAUUAAAUUUAUAGUAGUGAGGGUUUCUAAGUUAAGCAAAGUGAGAACCAACUUAUAAAACCAAAUUUCUCUUAAACUAUCUAAAAAAUAAAUGCAGAAAAUUAAGAAAAGCAAAAAAGCUUGAAUAUUAUUAUUGACAAUGAUACAGAUGUGUCGAAUCCAGAUAUUUUUAAUGAUCAGAAUGAAAGAGAAUAAGUAGAAAACAAUGAAAUUAUGCAAAAAAAUUACUUUACUGAAUUAAAUCCGAAGGGACGCAUAUCUGAAAAAUUUGAUCUGUAAGGAUAGACAAGUGCUCCAGGAACUAUGAAAAAGUAAUAUUUAAAUGGAAGCAAUUAAGAAGAAGAAGACGCAAUCAAUAAAAAAUAUUAUAGGAAUGGUGGUUAAGAAGGUAAACAAAACGGUAAUGAACUUAUAGGGCCAAGUUUGCAGAAGGGAUUAAAAAAAUAGAUUGAAUUAUAAGAGAAAAAAAAUGUUAAUUCUAAAGGAGUUACCAACAAUUUCUAAGCAGCUGGGAACAAUUAUGAUGAGAAAGAUGUUUUUGAAAAUGGAUCUAAAAAUAUGUAGAAAGGAUACAAAAAUGAUGAGUAAGAUUGA